UAUUAAAUGAGUCCUUUUAAGGCAAGAUCGGUGGAUGACAUUUGUGAAAGGAAGGUGUCCGCGAGGGCGACGGGGCGGGGGAUGAGUUGCAUCGAUGGGGUUAGUUUCCUGCUUGUUUCCUAUUCAGCCUCCGUUCCUGUGCUUGACGUGAAAACUUUUAAGGUGGGAGGGAGGCGUCUGCUGUUAAGGUAGCCUUGAGAGGGACAAACUCCCAGCGCAGGAAGGGCGUGGGAUGAGCAGGAGCGAAUCUGUGUGUGUCGGAGGAGAUUUGGGUUACGUGUUUGUAAGACGAAACAAUUGGGCGGAGUGGGGAGGGAAGUAUCGCACGGGCUUCCUGGCUGCAGGCGGGGGCGGUUGUUCUGUUCCUUUAAGAGACUGUCUCCGAGAGGAAAGGGGCGGGGGCGGUCGUGAUGCGCCCGGACCUUUCGGAGGCUCCGAAAAUAACCCAACUUCCUUUCACUGAAGUUGGGGACGCGUGCGAAGUCUGGUGCGGGAGAGGGGGCGGGCAGAAGCCGAGUUUGCUGGCUUUGAUGUCACCCCUAAACGAGCUCUCCUUGAGCCUGGAAGCGGACCAGUGAGAAGCGCCUUCAUCUCUCGGCUAUCGAGUCGGGAUCCCCGAUGACUACGGUCCAGCGGAAAGAAUGUCGGCGCGGGCCGUGGCUGACGUCAGAGGGGAGCAACGCAGAGCGGCGGCGGCGGCGGCCAGCAGGCAGCAGCGGCGGCCCCGGCACGGAGGAGGCGGCGGCGGCGGCGAGAGCGGCCUCGGCCCCGCCACCACGACCCCCGCCACCAGCGCGGCAAUGGCGACCGUCGGGGAGCGCAGGUCCUUGCCUAGCCCUGAGGCGAUGCUGGGGCAGCCCUGGAGCCAUUGGGUCGACGCUGCUAAACUUCACGGGAACGACAGAGCAGUCUUGGAAGAAAGCUUCAAGGAAUACGGGAAAAACCGAGAAGCGAUGCGACUCUGUAGAGAGGAUAUGCCAAUAUUUGGUCUUUGCCCAGCUCAUGAUGAUUUCUAUUUGGUGAUGUGUAACCACUGUAAUCAGGUCGUAAAACCACAGGCAUUUCAAUCACAUUAUGAAAGAAGACACAGCUCCUCCGGAAAGCCACCUUUAACCCCUCCUUCUUCUUCAGUAUUCUCCCUCUUUUCCUCUCUGUCUUCAAAAAGCAAAGGUAGCAGCGCAGGUGGGAGCAGUCGCUCAUCCAGUGGUGGGGGAACUAGUGCAUCAUCAUCAUCCAGUUCUAAGUUGUUGAAAUCACCCAAAGACAAGCCAAUCAGUGGAAACAAUAGGCCAAUGCAUCUGGUACAUAGCAAAGGUCCCCAUGACAAAACCAUGACUCCAUCUGUCAAAGUGGAAAAAAUACAUCCAAAGAUAGAUGGUGCAUUAUUGAAACCUGCUGUUGGUCCAACCUGUUCUACUACUGUGAGCUCCUCAAUAAAGACUGGCCUUAAUCCCUCAAUACCAAAGCCACCCUUGCCUUCCCCUGGACAGAUACUGAAUGGUAAAGGUCUUCUCUCUGUGCCUCCAUAUUUGGAAAAGAAACAAGACGAGAGUACAAAUAAUAGGAAAUUUUUACACAAAAGAUUGUCAGAGAGAGAAUUUGAUCCUGAUAUCUACUGUGGCGUCAUUGACAUAGAAACCAAGAAACCCUGUACUCGGUCUUUGACAUGCAAGGCACAUUCCCUAACUCAACGGAGAGCUGUACAGGGUCGGAGGAAGCGAUUUGAUUUAUUACUAGCUGAGCACAAAAGCAAAACCAGGGAAAAAGAAUUACUCCGCCAUUUGGAUCAUCAUCAGCAGAUACCCCCUCUCAGGGAACCACAUCCCUCACCUUCAAGAACUUCCCAGGAGCUGCACCAAAAUUCUCAUGGAGUUAUUCCUGCAGAAUCAAAGCCUUUAGUACCUAAUAAACCCAAACCUCACACCCCCAGUCUUCCAAGGCCUCCAGGCUGUCCGGCCCAACACAGUGGGAACGCCCCUAGUGAGUCUCCAUCAGUCCAUGAAUCUCCACAUGCUCCCCUGCCCGCAGCUGAGCCAGCAUCUCGGUUAUCCAGUGACGAGGGAGAAUGUGAUGAAAAAGAAGAGCCUGUUGAAAAACUGGAUUGUCUUUAUUCAGAUCAUCAUCCUCAACCAGCUGCUUUUUGCACAUUUGGUAGUCGACAAAUUGGAAGAGGUUACUACGUGUUUGAUAAACGAUGGAACCAUAUCCGAUGUGCACUUAAUGUCAUGGUGGACAAGCAUCUUAACUCGCAGAUGUGGAAGAAAAUUCCUCCAGCGACAAGCAACACUGCAUCCGUACGUGCUCCACACCGGACAAACUCCACACCUGUGUCACAGUACGGCACCAGCACGACAGGUUUUCUCUUACCCACCACCACAGCUAUGUCCUCACCCGUGCUCGUGUCUCCUUCCUGUUUAUCUCUUAGUGGUAAAUCGGUACCAUCCCAUGGGACUACGCUAAAUGCCAACCCUGCUAGUUUUGGUGCAGCAGAACCUGCCUGCAGUAUGCAAUCAAGACAAGUGUCUACAUCCCCUUCAACACCUCCAGUGCUUUCCUCAGUACCUUCGCCCCUGUCCAGCAAACCUCAGAAAUUAAAAUCCAGCAAGUCUUUUAAGCCUAAGGAACCUUCCGCUAGCAGCGCCAACUGUAACAGUACCAGUAGCAACAGCAGUAGCGGCAGCUCAGGAAAGAAGCGUAAGAACAGUUCCGCGCUGCCAGUACCUUCUUCUCAUUCCACCGAGUCCUUUAGGAAAAACUGUGUGGUUAACUCUGGAAACUCUGGGGCUUCUUAUCACUCGCCUGUGAUGUCUUCAUCCCACAGUGUUGGCUUCAAUUGUAUGACUAGUAAAGCUAACUCCGUUAGCCUCAAACACGACCAAUCAGGGAGGGGCCCUCCAACCGGGAGCCCUGCGGAAUCGAUAAAAAGAAUGAGCGUGAUGGUGAACAGUGGCGAUUCCACUCUCUCGCUGGGGCCGUUCAUUCACCAGUCUAGCGAACUGACGGUAAACUCACAUAGCGGGUUUUCACAUUCGCAUCCUUCCCUAGAUAAAUUCAUAGGAAAGAAAAGAAAGUGCUCGCCUGGUUCAAGCAGCAUAAACAGCAGCAGCAAAGCAAACAAGGUUGCCAAAUUGCCGCCGGUGAACAACAUUCACACAAAACAUGCCGGUGCAAUCCCAGGGACGCAAGGUCUGAUGAACAAUUCUAUCCUUCAUCAGCCAAAGGCUCGUCCUUAACAGUUGACAGUACCAUGGUAGAACUGGAUUAUGUUCACUACAAGCGGGGGGAAAAAUCUCCACCUGGAAAUUCUGGACUCCAAGAUGCCUUUUGAGUUCUCCCAGCUUCCCACAGUCCUCAGGUGUGGAAAUCUACUGGACUGUCACGCAAUCAAGGAGUUUCCCUGAAGCCAUGUCUGUAGCAGUGAAGCUUGGAAAUGGACACUGGAUUGCCGUUCAGCCACAGGAUUGUCCCUAUCAGUGUUACCAGUGGUCUGGACUGCUUGCUACAAAUCCCUGUGAGCUAUUACUUACAGGAGUACAUCCUUUUGCCACUAUUUGAUCUAGAUUGGUUGGGCAAAUCAACGUUUGGGGGAAAACAUUACUGUGGACUUGUUUUUCUUUUCUUCUGAUGGUGUCAUAGGCAUAACUAACCGCCACUCUGGCACUAUCGAGUAGAAACCCCUCAAUAAGGGGGCACAAUGUGUUAGGCACAAUAAAUUAAAAAAAAAAAAGUCGCCCUCCAGAAGGGAAUAUGGCUUUAGUGUUUUAUAGCAAUGUUCCUUGAUUGGAAUGCAAAGAUAGCACAAUUUAGAAACCCAGUCUACAUUUUGCCCAGCGUUUUGCAAGUAAUUUGGGAUAAGAAGCUGUCAGGAGUUCUUAAAAAAACAAACACAAAUGUUUGUGGCCAGCAUGCAAAAAGAGUCUUUAAAUAGUGAAGAUCACGUGGUACAGAACAAUUUUAUGGGCUUUCUCCACCAAGAACAGCUGCUUAAUAUCCUUCGUUCGUUGCAGUGGAGCUUGUGUGAGGCUCCUGUGCAAGGCCCAUUGAAAUGAAUGGAGGUUGCACAGUGGCAUUGUUUGCAGGAGGGCCUCUGCCUGCAAGAUUUUGAAUAAAAGUGCUUUGAUUUUAAACAACCCACAGAAACCCAGAUGCAAAACUCUCACAUUCAAAAUGGUGAAUGACCUCUAAAACGAUUCCCAAAGAAUAUAUUUCUUGACCUAUACUGUAUGCCAUAAGCCUUUGUUGUUUUUGGGAGGUGGGUGGGAAAAACAGAAAAUGCCAAUCUAAGUUGGUGGUACCAUCCAACCUUUAAAAACACGCGCGCGCACUCCUAUAAGACUGAGUCAUAAAUGUUUUUCUUGAGUAACUUUCUAGUAGGUUGAUACAACCAAAUUAUUCACACAACCAAAUUAUCACCCCGUUUUCUAAAGUCCAUGUUCAGAUUUUCUGAUGACUGCAUUAAGUGCCAGUUCAGAUUCUGAGCUCAGUGUUAAAUGCAUCCCAUCCUGUGAGCAAAGGGGGAGUAUUUUAAACCUGUCAUCCAAUCCCAAAUCGUCAUUUUAUUUCUAUGAGAAAAAAAAAUAUUUUGGAAAGUAAAAUCCUCAGAAGGGCUUUAAUAUUAUCAUUUGAUCUGGUUGAUUGUUCAAGUGAAUCUUGAAAUAAAACUCGGAAUUUUACCCAUUUUAAGUGGAAGAAAAUGUAUAAACCCAAACCAUAGCACAUAAUCCACGGGGAGCUUUCCUUUUUCAAGUCUACAAAAAUGCACUUCCUGUCUAUUUUAAUGGAGUGUAUGUUGGAUUGUGGAUUCAGACAGCCAUUUCCUUUCCAAUGAGAACUCAGUUUUACAAUCAUCAGGUGAGGUUAGAUUGUCUGAAGGUGUCAACUAGCUACAGUUUUGAUUUCAGCCUGCUAGAUUUUAAGAGCUUCUUAAAGGAGCAUCUGUAGAAUUCAUUGCACCUUGGGACCCCAUCAGAUUCCUUCAUUCACUUUCAUUCCUACCACUUGAUGACAUCCAUUGAGCUGGUCUGUGCAAUCAAAAUAAGUAAUAGCUUAGUUAAAUUGCACCGCAUGUGCAGUGUGAUUUCCAUAAUCACCGCCCAGUUGCAGCUCAUCAUGUUUUCUGAACUUGGGUGGCAUGGGUUGUUGGAGGGAGAAACAACCUUCCAAUAACCCACGGGCUAUUGGAGGGUUGUUUUCCACCUCCAACGAGCCAUACUGGCCAGGUUCGAAGACAACAAGUUGUGGCUGGGCAGCGCUUAUGGAAAUUGUGUUCAGUAUGCAUUGUGAUUUCAAUGAACUUUGUGGCUUAUUUUGUUAAUGUGAACCAGCCCAUUGAAGAAGAAAACUCUGAAUCUACCCUCCAUAGGGCUUGUGCAGGAAAAGCUCUCAGUGGAAUGACUGUGCCUGUAGACUUUUGCCUUAAAGGGGCACCAGAUCUUGCUGAGAUUAGACAAUCUGAGCCUAUCUAGUUCACACAGCCCAGCCUCUCUCUCCCUACUAUGGUGGUGCAUUUGCACAUCAGGGAUUCUAAAGCCGCCACAAGCAGCAGCUGCUUGAGGGGGGGCGGGUUGUUCGUUGGUUUUUACCUGUUGAGGUUUUCAAAUCGACAUGAAAUUUGCUACUGAAUUAUCAAAAAGCAGCGAAGCAACAAGACUCUAUGCAGACAAUACUAAAAGCCUUGAAUUCACAAAAGAUCAUGUGUUGGUUUUAAGCUAAAGAAAAAUACUUUGGACAGUGAUUAUGCAAAUAUUAAAAAUGACUGCAUACUGAAGGGAUGGGGAGUUUUGAACAACCCCUUCAGUUUAUAGAGGAUACUCUAAAAUGUUAUAAAAACCUCUUAAUUGGCGUACUUGGGAAGCAGGAGGGGACAACCAAAGUAAUGUAUCUGCUCUGCAGAGAGAAAAUCGACACAGGCUCCAUCCCAUGUGUUGGAUAUUUUCAAUCACAAGUGCAAUUUGGUUUUGAUAGAUUUACCUUCGAAGGCAGACAAAUUUUUCAUAAGUUAAACCUUAGUGGCUUUAAGUACUCAAAAACGUCUCUUUGUUUUAUGAAUAUUAUGUUGCUCUAAAAGCAUCAAAGCAAGUCCCAGGCUCCUUAAAAAAAACGUUCAGAUCUCUGUGGAACGUUCAGCAUUUUACCACUGUGUUCAAUUUAUAUGGGUUACAGCUACAAGCCCAAUUCCCACUGAAUGUCUGCAUCACAAGCCACGUUGAAAGCAAUGGGAGCGUCCCACACACACAGUCAUGCUCUUGCACAAAGCCGGCUCAGUAGAUUCAGUGUGGAAUUGUGUCCUGUAUCUGUCUGUUAUGGCUUCUCAUUUUAAAACAUGCCAUCAAUAGAUCAAGAGGACGUCUUAAUUUAUGCCUGCCCUCCAAGUGUAGACUUGCUUAACUAUUAUACAAACAAUAUUCCAUUUUGGAGGCUUAGUAAUGAAUGGAGUAAUUGUUUUUGAAGCUUUUAUUGUCCGACAACAUUCUUAUUGUAAAUAAUUAAGGAAAUUUCAAAUUUAAUUUAUCUUGCAAGAUUUGCAGUGACUGGGUUAUUUCUUAGAAAGAUUUUGGUAUUAAUUUAAGAGAUACACUUUUUUAUAGUCUUUCCAGCUUCUCAUUAUGACUCCUGCAGUUUUCUUAACCUAAAAAAAAAUAAAUUAAAAUGUUGCAAUGAUGAACAAAGAAUUAUACAAAAAUAAUGAAACCCAUACUUUUGUAUCUUUAUUUUGGAAUUUCUUGCUCUAUUAUAAAUAUUGAAGUAUCCCUAUUUCAGAAGACAUAUUUUGUUAAUUGAUUGUACAUAUUUAAAUAUGUAUUUUUGCACAGGUCUUUUUUUCUUAUAUCCAGUUUUGGUACAAUUGAAAAUCAUCUAGUAUUUAUUAAUUAAAAAGGAAAAAAAAGCAAAUACCCUUUUUUUUAUAUAAUUUGAAGUGGUUCACUGCCAAGCCAAUAGUUAACAUGCCUACUUUGCAGUUUUUAAGGGAUGUCUCUGUUUGGGGAGUGGGGAUGUGGGGAGCAGUGUCCCUUUUUAAUGUCUUGGGAGUUGCUGGAUACAAAUGAAGGCUCUGACGUUGCAGCCCUGUGCCCACAGGCGCCACCCUUCCGAGUGAGGAGGCUGUGUGGUACUUGGGCUGCAUAUUGUUGGCCUGCUCUGGUAUACAUAGCGUUGCUUACUGUUGCCUGCGUCCCACAAGACUACAUUUAGUUGCGAUAGACUGCUUCGUUUUCUUUUUAGCAUUUGUGUGUAUGUGCCCACAUGUGUGCACAUUUGUGUGCGUCUUUAUAUGGUUUAAAACUAAUGGAAAAACUGAAAGUGCCUGAUUUAUAUAUCUAGAUUUUAAGCUUGGACUGUUUUUUAGACAGCUUCUCCUUUAAAGACUUGAAUGUUCUGUUGAAAAAAAAAAUGGAGCUUGCUUUUCCCACCUACAUAUAACUUUCCAUUAAUGAGAGUGAGAGGGGAAGGAUUCAGGGGAAUAAAGCAAACGAUGAGACUGAAGCGAGUCCCCAGUUUGAAAAUAAUGCCAAGAGUUCUGGAGGUACCUUUCAAAAGGUAAAUUCAAAUAACUGUUGUAAUGUUCAGUUAGGAAUUUUUUUUUUAAAAAAAAAAUACAGAAUGUUGACAUUAUUUUGUAUUAUGGAAAAAAAUAACGUUACCUCUCACAGCAAUUUUACAAACUACUGACACAAGCUACCGACAACCUCUGCACACAACCCUCACUGAAAUGAAUGGGAGUUUUAAAGCAAAAGCACAACCCCCCCCCCCGUAUUCAUUCCAACGAGGAUUGGAUGGGAGAGGCGCUUGUGCUUGUAGGUGGCUUCAUCACAUCUUCCGGCAAGUUGUCUUCCGGCAAGAGUUAUUAUUGCCAAGGAUUCUUUUAGUUCUGUCUUUUGGGGAAUGGGGAAAUUGUACGGUGAAGGGGAUUGGACUUGAAAAGAUGGUUCUGCUUCAGCAGAAAACCUGUUAUUUUAAAUGCUUUGUGCAAAAUACCCUACUUUUUAUGAAAGGUGAUUAUUGUUAUUAUUUUUUAAUGAGCACUACAUAAUGUCAAUGAGAAUGUAGGCCAUGGAAGCUUCUUGCUUUUGGAGUUGAGCCUGGCUCCAUGGGGGGAGGGGGGGUAGAGGGGGGGAAGCAAUCUCCUGUGUAAAAUGUGUGAAUAGUUUGAUAAUUUGUAUACAUAUUCAAGAGCAUCUGCUCAGAGCUGAACUUUUGUGUUGGCUGCUGUAUAGUACAUGAACAAAUGUCAUGGGAUAGAAAAAAAAUUACUUUGGAUAUUUAAAAGAAGAAAAUAAAUAUAUAGUCUAUUUGUUUUGUAACAAGUUUCUGUAAAUAAAAUAAUUUAUACUAUUUAUAAGAAAAAAGUUGUGCUUUUGCUUCAUGACCAGA